UCUAUAUCCUAGUAGAUGUGAUUUUGUUUUUGUUAUUAAUUUGUGCUCACUUCAAACUAUUUAAUUCAAGAUGGACAGAAAGAAAAUUCGAAUAAUUUUCUUAUAUGAGUAUAAACUUGGUCAUAAAGCUUCCGAAGCUACUCGUAAUAUUAAUAACGCAUUUGGAGAGAAUACAGUAAAUGAACGUACAGUGCAUCGGUGGUUUAAAAAAUUUCGAAAUGGAGAUGAAAGCCUCGAAGAUGAAGAAGGUCGUGGACGACAUUCUGUCGUUGAUAACGACCAAUUAAAGACACUGGUUGAAGCCGAUCCACACACAACGACUCGACAACUUGCACAGGUGGUAGGUGUAAGUCACUCUACUGUCAUUCAUCAUCUAAGAAAACUAGGGAAGUCGAAGAAGCUCGAUAAAUGGGUGGCACGUGAAUUAAACGAGGAUCAAAAAAGUCAUCGUAAUGAUGUUAAUUCUAUACUUCUUGUACAAAAUAAAAAGCAUGUUACAAGGCGACGAAAAAUGGAUUAUUUAUGACAAUCGUUAACUGUCUGCACA